AUGGCUAGCGGAAUUAAGAAUUGGUGGACAUUUGCUAGAUGGAGUGAUGAGUAUGAACAAGGAGUCGAUGAAUACAUUGAAAAAACUUUUGCUACUAAGUCACAAGGAGAUCAAAUAUGUUGUCCAUGUGAAAUUUGUCAUUAUCGUUACUGGCAUCGUAGGAAUGUUGUUCGUGAUCAUAUAAUAUGCAAUGGUUUUGUGCCAAGAUUAGAUAAAUUGUUUGAGUUAGGGGAGGACAACAAAAGGGAAAAGGUGACAGUGGACCAUAAUGUAUCAUCAAACAUGAAUGAUGACAUAGAGGGGUUAUUGCAUGAUACUUUGAGAGAGGGGCCAAAUGAAGAUGCAAAAAAUUUUUUUAAAUUAAUCGAAGAAGGUCAGCAAGAGUUAUACCCCGGCUGUAAAAAGUUUUCUAAACUCUCUUUUACAAUUCGCCUGUUUUUGUUAAAGGUUGACUACAAGCUCACCAAUGUCGCAUUUGGUGCUAUAUUAGAACUGUUUCGGGAAGUGCUACCCGAUGCAAAAUUGCCUUCGUCUUUUUAUGAAGCCAAAAAUUCUUUAAAAGCGUUAGGAUUGGACUAUUCAAAGAUAGAUGCAUGUCCUAAUGACUGUAUGUUAUACUGGGAGGAGCAUGCGGAUGCAACCCAUUGCCAUGUUUGCAAGACUCCUAGGUGGAAAUUGAAUGAUAAAGAUGAUAUGGAUGAAGGAAAGACCCAUAGGGUUCCAGCUAAAAUUCUGAGGUACUUUCCGGUAAAGAAAAGGCUGCAAAAGUUAUUUAUGUGCCCAGAGACUGCAAGGCACAUGACAUGGCAUGCAAAUGGUCGUGAAAAAGAUGGCUAUUUACAGCAUCCAGCGGAUGGGCAAGCCUGGAAGGACUUUAACAGGGAGUAUCCAAAGUUUGCAGAAGAUCCUCGUAAUCUUAGGCUAGGUUUAGCCACAGAUGGAUUCAAUCCAUUUCACUCUAUGAGCAUUGUUCAUAGUACAUGGCCAGUUAUUUUGAUUAACUAUAACUUGCCUCCAUGGAUGCUCAUGAAGCAUGAGUUCUUGAUGCUGUCAUUACUCAUUCCCGGCCCUUUAUCCCCUGGCAAUGACAUUGAUGUUUAUCUACAACCACUAAUCAAAGAUCUUAAGGAUUUGUGGGAGUUUGGACUAGAAACAUAUGAUGCUUCAUGUGAUAAAAGGUUUGACAUGCAUGUAGCUUUGAUAUCCACUAUUAGUGACUUUCCAGCUUAUGCAAUGUUGUCUGGAUGGAGCACAAAAGGGGAAAUGGCAUGCCUAAUUGUCAUUAUGAGACCGAAUCUGAUUGGUUGA